UUUGAAUCCCCGUUAAUGAUCAAUAUAUGAGUACCCAUCUGCGUACAGGCCCUGGAGUGCUGCAUUCACUUCUCACGAUAUUUACAGUGUUUAUCCUGCGCGUCCGUCCUGCUCGGGAAUGUAUCGCGCAUCUUGUGUUUGUUGUAUUGCCUCUAAUCAUUGAUAUUUUCAGACGCAGUGUGAAGCAUUGUCUCACCAUGUCAAGUCCGAUGCAGCCUCUGUACUCUGUACUACUAUGUCAAGCCUCAUUCAGACUAGGUCCGGCACCACGCAUGCCACGACAAGUUCUCCCUAACAUCUUCGCAGCCUCCAUACUAAUGUCGACCUCUACACUUACCUAUGCCCCGUCAAGUAAAUUGUGCCGCAGCAAUACCUCGUCAGUGCCUCGUCACAGCCGGAUCACACCUACUACAUGCCGUGUCAAACCCCAUCCUGCGUGUCAGCACUUAAACUCUCAGUGUAACUUAGGUAUGUUUUAAACCUGUCAUAAUAAUUGAUUUCCCCCCAGUGUCUUCUUUCGUCCUAACAGAAUUAGAUGUCGUACUCUGUAGCUG